AGCAAGAUGGCGGCGCCCUGGAGCCGGUGAGGUGAGAGGACACGGGGCUCCCGGGGACAGCUGCACCGGUGCGUUAUGGCCGCGUCCCCGCACACCCUCUCCUCGCGCCUCCUCACAGGCUCCGUGGGAGGCUGUGUCUGGUAUCUCGAGAGAAGAACUAUACAGGAAUUGCCACACAGGGUCACACGUCUGUUCAGGAAUGUCAAUAAUCAGUGGGUCAUGGUCCAGCACUUAAGCUUCCUCAAGCGCAUGUAUGUCACACAGCUGCACAGGGGCCUUAGCCAGCGAGUCAAACCAAAGCCAGAGCCAGCAACUUCUCCAUUCCUUGAACACAUGUCUUCAGGGCAGGCUAGAGCAGAAGUGGAUGAGCUGCCAUCUCUGUCAGCCUCCAGCCUGCCUUUGUCCCAGAAGCCAAAUGAGGAGUUGAUGGAGCUGAAGGCUGCCUCCAUAGUGGAGCAUGCUGUCGACACAGCCAAAGAGACAAAGGAAGAAAGGCAGUGGAAAGAGAUGAAACUUCACGCUGACGAUCUGCCCGGCAUUUUGGCUCGACUGUCCAAGAUCAAACUCACAGCUCUCGUCGUGAGCACCACUUCAGCAGGCUUUGCGCUGGCUCCAGGCCCUUUCGACUGGUCCUGCUUCCUGCUUACUUCCCUUGGAACGGGCCUUGCAUCCUGUGCUGCCAACUCCAUCAAUCAGUUUUUUGAGGUGCCAUUUGACUCGAACAUGAACAGAACAAAGAACAGGCCCCUGGUUCGCGGACAGAUCAGCCCAUUGCUAGCCGUGUCUUUUGCCACCUGUUGUGCUGUGCCAGGAGUGGCCCUGCUGACCUGGGGAGUGAAUCCACUCACAGGAGCCCUGGGGGUCUUCAACAUUUUCCUAUACACCUGUUGUUACACACCGCUGAAGAGGAUCAGCAUCGCCAAUACCUGGGUUGGAGCCGUGGUUGGAGCCAUCCCCCCUGUCAUGGGCUGGACGGCCGCAACUGGAAGCCUUGAUGCUGGCGCACUCCUUCUGGGUGGGAUCCUGUACUCCUGGCAGUUCCCCCACUUCAACGCCCUGAGCUGGGGCCUCCGUGAAGACUACUCCCGAGGAGGCUACUGCAUGAUGUCAGUCACGCACCCAGCCCUCUGCCGGCAUGUGGCACUGCGCCAUUGCCUGGCUCUGAUUGCUCUGUCGACUGCUGCCCCCAUACUGAACGUCACCACGUGGGCCUUCCCCAUCAUCUCCCUCCCCAUCAACCUGUACAUCUCCUACCUCGGCUUUCGCUUCUACGUGGAUGCAGACCGCCGGAGCUCGAGGAAACUGUUCUUCUGCAGCCUGUGGCACCUGCCGCUGCUCCUGCUGCUCAUGCUCACCUGUAAGCAGCGGCCAGGUCGGGAGGGGGACAAAGGAGAGGCUCCAAGCUGAAAGCUAGCUGGUGUGUGGGGAACGUGAGAGCAGACAUGUGCAGGCGAAUGCAGAGCACUGCCCUGGGCCAGUGGGAGUGUGUUUUGGUGAUUCUGGCCUGCAUACGGAGAAAUGGAUGGUUUAGCUGGUGUCAGAUCGACGGGUGCUGUGUCAUCACUUAACGGUUCUUUUUAUAUUAAUAUCCAAACUGCCUCCCAAAUAAGAAGGGACUGGCAUAGUGAGUUAAUACAAAAGAGAAUAUUUUUCUCCUUGAAGGUCUUUAAGCAUCUUUCCCUCUAGCCCUGUGUUCUCUCGCCCACAUGACACCUUUGCACAUCUUCCCCUUCCCAGCACACGCAUACACAAAUACCACCUGAAGGCCAUGUGGCCACUGUUCAGACAGCUGGAUGCUUGAAACCCAGACUCUAUAGUUCUGUAUCCUGAGGCUCCCACAGGCUGCCUCAGAAGAGUAUGUACUGUGGCUACAGCACCCCGUCUCUGCCAUGGAGACGGGGCCUGACUAGCUUUCUCCUUACCAGCGUUCUCAACCACAUAUCCCAUAGAGUAACAGAACAUAGGGAGUGAGGAUUCCAAACGGUUGCCUGUAGCAUCCCAGGCUGCACGGCCAGCACCUACCAUCACCCCCAUCCCCACCCCACAUCGGGACUUCAGAAACACCCGGAAGUGCAUGGCGCCUUCAUCCCUCACUUUGAAGUGUAGGCACGGUCUGAGCAUUUCUUUCUGGAAGGGUGUCACUUGACAUGAUCCCAGAACCCCCUCGGGCACUGUACCACUGUAGUGGUGUCUGGCUGUCAGAAUUUUGCUGAUGACCUUCUUGGGACUUCAUGGAAAAGAGAGUGAGCUGGGCCAACAGUCAUUCUGUGCUCAUUCUUACCACUUUUGUGUAAACAGCAUUUUCACUCUGGUGCCUCCUGAGUCUAGAAAUCCUCCUCUGUGUGUCCAGUGGGAUUCAGAGAGGGCCAGUUGGGCCCCUAGUGGCCAUGGAUCCAGUUCUGAGAAUUCAUGGCCUCUGAUACAAAAUGCAGUCACCUGUAAGACUUCAGUCUUAUGUGUACCCGUCCAGGUCCACAGAGAGGCCUGUUGCCUUAAAGUUGUGGAGCCUGGCAGGGUGUUUGAGUUCCUUGGUCUCCCAGGGUGCUGUGCCCUGUUGGGAUUCUCUCAAGGGGUUUAAGCCACUUGAAAACAGUUCUUGAAUUUGGACUGUUCUCUCAAAAAUGUGGAAGGCGUGGGCUGUGGUCCAAAGGCAGAGCACUUGCUUAGCUAUGCUCUAGGCUCAGGGUUUGAUCUCAAGCACCCCAACCCCCCAAAAGAAGAAAAAGAAAAAAGUGGGGUGGGAUGGGGUAAGUUUGGGUCUAGAGUGACUCAGCACUCUGGUACCGCUUUCUGCCUAUUGUAAUAUUACCUGCUGGCUGUGUCCUGGCUGGUUACUGUGGGAACGGAAUGGGGGUGUCUGCAAAGGGCAUCUGUGAUUUGUUGCAGCCUCUCAGUCUGUAAAGUGUUGAUUCUCCUCCCAAUAAAACAGUUACAU